CAGUAAAAUAUUGAUAAACUAGUAAUAUUUUUUACAUUAUACUAAACACUUCCUCGAAUCUUUUGUCUGCGCGAAAUGGACGUUGACAGAUGUGGAGGGGGUUUAAUCUGGGGUGAGACGGAUCGAUCAAUAACUCUAUAUUAAUGAGCGUGGCGCGAGCUGCAUUGGGAGACUGGAACAUAAUUGGAAGUCAGGGAAAAUGGCCGAAAGUUCCGAACCGAAUAUAUCCGCCUCAUCGCUGAAGCCAGUUGAUGUGAGCCCCAUGUGCAGCGGAGGUAUGAAGUCCCCAACAGACGACCCACCCGACUCGGAGAAUACAGCAGAAUAUCAAAUAGUGGCGGCCAUAGAUUUUGGUACAACGUUUAGCGGCUAUGCGUAUUCAUUCGCCUCUAACAAAGACGCGAUACAUGUUAACAAGAACUGGGGCCAAACUCAGGGAUUUCUUUUGCAUAAAACUCCCACCUGCCUUUUGCUUAAAUCCGACGGUCAGUUUGAAGCAUUUGGGUUUGAAGCUGUGUCGAGGUAUAACGAUCUCGCCGAGGAUGAGGCCGGGGAUUAUUACUACUUUGACAGGUUCAAGAUGAAGCUGUACGACAAUAAGGAGCUGAAUGCAGACAUCACGCUGAAGGAUGCUAAUGGCAAGAGUCAGCUUGCUGUGGAUGUGUUCGCACACUCCCUCAACUUCAUGAAGAAACACAUGCUACGUGCUAUCGGGGCUCACCUGGGUUACGACCCCCACCCCGACACCGUCCGCUGGGUGCUCACCGUCCCCGCCAUCUGGGACGAGAACGCCAAGCAGUUCAUGAGGGAGGCAGCGUACAGGGGUUCUCUGAUCCUGACGCCCCACAGUGAGCAGCUGGUGAUGGCCCUAGAGCCCGAGGCCGCUUCCCUGCACUGCCGCAACCUCCCUGCUACAGACUUCGUCGGUUACAAGGACACUGCACAGGCAUCCAACCCUUGCUUCGAGCCCGGCACCAAGUACCUCGUCGUGGAUGCUGGAGGUGGAACUAUUGAUUGUGUGGCCCACAAGAUCCGAAAGGACGGGAGGAUCCGGGAACUGUUCCGCGCUACUGGUGGGGCCUGGGGUGGCACCAUCAUAGACAAGCAGUUCCUGAAUCUUCUCCACAGAAUCUUCGGCAAAGACUUCAUCACUGAGUUCCAGCAGAAUUACCCCAAGGAUUUUGUGGAACUUCUGCAGGACUUUGAGAUCAAGAAGCGAGGAGAGUGUGAUAGUAUCCGUGUGUCUCUGCCUUACAACUUCUGUAACUUCAAACACAAUCGUGUCAGUGUACAACAAGCUAUCAAAACAUUCGCUGCCGACAAUAACAAUGAAGUCAAAUUCUCGUCUGGGAAGCUGGUGUUGACGUCGGCAGUCGUGACGUCACUGUUUGCCGAUGCCUUAGCACAGAUUAAAGACCAUGUAGACCAGCUUCUCCAGAAGCCAAAGACCAAAGACUUGCAUUACAUCUUCCUGGUGGGUGGCUUUGCAGAAUCCAGUCGUUUGCAACAAGCUCUGAAAACUCAUUUUAGCGAAAGGGUGACGUGCCUUGUUCCAGAUGAAGCUAGUCUUGCAGUUGUUAGGGGAGCAGUAGCAUUCGGGCACGAUCCUAGUUCAAUAUGGCAGAGGAUCUGUCGUUUCACGUACGGUGUGGGGUCAUACUUGCCGUACGAGGAAGGGGUGCACCGAGAGGACCUCCGAGUCGUCUCAGACGGUGUCACCCUCUGUAAGAACAUAUUACAGACGUGGGCCGAAGCUGGAGAGACGAUUGGCCACAAUGAGAUAUGGAGGGAAACAUACACUCCCAUUAUAACCAACCAGAAAGGAAUUAUUUUCGAGUUCUUCCGAUCUUCUAAGAGACAUGUGAAAUACACGGAUGAGGCCGGGGUUGAGAAAUGUGGGUCACUGAUAGUCCGCAUGCCAGAUCUAACUGGGGACAAAGAGAGAGCGGUGGACCUCGAGGUCAUAUUCGGUGGAACGGAGAUCAAGGUCGUGGGAUACGAUCACACCAGUACAAAUAAGUAUGAGACAUUGAUAGACUUCCUGUCAUCCUAACUUUCUCUCCUGAAAACUGUUUGCCAGUUUGACAUAAAAACAUGAAUGUACAGAAAUAUUCUCUCCUCCAUGUUAGAAGAGGCAGGUGGACCAACAUGGAACGUCAGCUCCAACUCCAGCUUGUCAGAUGCUUCAAUGAAAGACAGAGGAGUCCAUUCAUACAUGGGGUCAGUUGAGCAGUAUGUUGCUCUUUACAAACGUUUCUACACUGCAUGUGCAAAUCAUGUGCUAAUGCUUGAUCUCCCCAUGACAUCAACAUGGACUGCUCCAGAUUCGCAGCCAUUAGGCCAAACUAAACAAUCAUGGUUUGGUUGAUCUUAACUGUCAAAAAUAUAUAUCCUUACUCAAAUAUAAUCUGUUACUGGACCUGAUUUUCAGGCAUGAUGAACGAAGGGACUGGUCUAUUCUAUACACUGGAAUCAGAAAUGUUUAUUUAUUUAAGGAAACUUUAUGUUUUUUCUACUAUCAUUUACUCCAGCUCUAUUUAUCUAUAUAGAAGGAUGUUUCAUAGUGAAAGGACAAAUUAUUUAAAUCAUUUAUUAACAAUCAUUAUUUUAAUCAGAAUAUGUUUCCUGUUACUAAGAAUUACUCAAUUUUGUAAAAGGUCAUGAUAGAUUAACUGUCAGUACCAGAUUUAUUUAUUUUCCUAAUUAUCCCUCUAGUUUGUUUCUAUCAAAUAGGAAUUGAACCUCCAUUCCACCCAGAGAAUUUCCAUUUAUUCCUACACAUAUUGACUACAAUUUUUAUUAAAACAAGACAUUUAAUUUUGGGGACUAGAAAUAAAAAUAUCAUUGGUCAUCUUCCAUGCUGAUAAACAACUAUGUGGAAAGUCAUGUAAAAAAUCAAGAAAUAUCAGAAAGAGGUCGUAAAAGAAACAACACUCAAAUGGUGAGGGUAAUCUUUCCUUUAUCUGGCAUACAUAAAAAUAUAUCAACUUAAGUAACAAACUUGAUACUUCCCACUCAGCCAUCAUUGUUUAUCCAGUUUAUAGUAUCUCCUUCCUAUUAUGAUAAUGCCCUUGACCCUAUUACCACCAAAGCUUUGCAGGGAUCACUCAGCACAGAACUUCUUCUCCAAUUGAGUGUAAUUUGAUUGCAUUGCAAUUUUUGCAAAUAUGUUUGGGUGACUAUUUAGCAUAGUCUAAUGUAAUUGGAUGGUUGUUUUUAACAUAGUGUAAUUUGAUUGGAUGGCUAUUUUAGCAUAGUGUAAUUCAAUUGGAUGGUUGUCUUUAACGUAGUGUAAUUUGAUUGAAUGGUUAUGUUUAGCAAGGUGUAACUUGAUUGGAUGGUUAUUUUAGCAUAGUGUAAUUUAAUUGGAUGGUAGUUUUUAAUGUAGUGUCAUUUGAUUGGAUGGUUAUGAUCAGCUUGGUGUAAUUUAAUUGGAUGGUUAUUUUUAGCUUAGUGUAACCAACUAGAUGGCUAUUUUUAGCAUAGUGUAAUUUGAUUGGCUGGCUAUUUUUAGCAUGGUGUAAUUUGAGUCAGAACCAAAGUUUGGAAGUCAAUGGAUCCAGACUAUUUAUCCCAGUAGAUGGAGAUACUAUACACUGGAUAAACUAGAAUGUCUUGAUAAAGAUUUCAGAUUUUGAUAAAACAUUAACCAAAGUUUGCUUUAUGUGUAACUCUAAUCAACUCAUUGAAAUAAAUAUUUUGAUUACGUCUUUAUGACUUUCUCCGCGAUAUAUACUCCCUAAUUAUAGCCUACAAACAGUGUUUGCCAUGCCCUGGCCUUAUAACCCGCCUCUCUUUCAAACUGAAGCAUGCUCGUUGGAAUGUUGUGAUGAAACUAGACUUAGAGAUAUUGUUAUAUGUAUAAUUGUCAAUACUGGUUAGAGGACUGAAUGUAUUCGCUAACAAAUGCUUGUCUUGUCUGAUAUUUGCUGUCAUAACAUUCCCAGGAUAAUUACCAGAGAAAAGUGUCAGCUGUCAUUACUGAUUAGAUAAGCCAAGUUCUAAAACACAAGAAUGUUGAACUCUUACUUCAAAUUUGAACAAAUAAAAUAUACUGCACAAAUAGGUAAUUAAACAAUAUGCUUCACACGUCUGCUCAAUGUAGGGUCAAGGUCAGGUUCUAUCAAGCAAUAACUGGUUUGUCCCUCCGCCACCAUCACCCCCCCAACAUUUUUUUGUAUGUUUCCUGUUUCAGCUGAUUAGAAAAUAAAGUAGGUAGUUUGAAUUUUUAAAA